CUCUGUCCAAACCGCUACUGUAUUUGAAAGCUGCAGAGAUAGAGAGAGAGAGAGAGAGUAGAAAUCUAGGGUUUCAGAUCGCGAGAAAUUUCGGAACUUGAACUUGCAAGAAGAUUUCAAGCGCCAAAUCCAUGGAAAUCCUCGCAUAUCUCGAUCGAUUCGCUACUUAUUUGAAGCAUUUCGCCUUCAAGCCCUACCUCUAGCCUUUUAUUUCGAAGAUUUAGCUAUGAUGAUGGAUUCUGAAAAUGGAGUUGCUUCAGAGAAUGAAAAUGGUGUUCCAGAGAAAGCCACUUUGGUAGAUGGUUCAAGCCUGAAUAUUGGAAAAGAGAAUGAGAAUGUUGACAACGGCAUAGACUCCAUUCAAGUGAAUGGUGUUCCGGAAGAUUCAUCAAAUGUCGACGGUGUUGAUUCUAUCUCUGCUGGAGCAGACGAUGUUGCCUCCUCUGCGACUGUUUCUGAUAGUAAAAGUUCGAAUGUUUUGAAGAAACCUGUAGCCGAAUGGGUCGAUCGUUCAAAGAAUGAUAAAAAGAUGCCAAAGAGUGAAGCAGUUCGGAAAGGUCCAACAAUGAUUCCUCGGAACCAGAGACCGAUCCUUUCUCAGAGUCUUUCCUUCCCAUCAAGAGGAUUCUUACGAGCGGUUUGAAGAAAAGCAUUGAUGAGAAGAAGAUGAAAUCCGAUACGAAGCGUGCCCAUGUCAAUGGCACGGAUGCAGCGUUGGUGGUCUCCAACGGCUCGCUUACUUCAACGUCCUGUUCAAAUAUUUCCAACAGGCGAGUUUCUGCCGGAUUGAGUGUAAUUGUCCGGAUUGCAAGAUCGACGUGUUGUUGUGAAUAGUAUGGGGUGUGCAUCUGCUUGCUGCUGCUUGGAAGAUUUAAAUUUGCAUUCGUGCAGAGGUGAAUAUAAGUCUACUUUCAUUUCUAACUAGUGGGAGUAUCGAUUUAAAUCAGCAGCAACAUGUCGAUCUUGCAAUCCGGACAAAUACACACACUAGUUAGAAAUGAAAGUAGACUUAUAUUCACCUCUGCACGAAUGCAAAUUUAAAUCUUCCAAGCAGCAGCAAGCAGAUGCACACCCCAUACUAUUCACAACAACAUGUCGAUCUUGCAAUCUGGACAAAUACACACACAAAAACGGAGACUUGCACCUUCAUCCUAGUAUUGAGACUUCCUCCGGCGUAGAAACUGGCUCCGAUAAGCUAACCAUCUUACCGUCAUCCUCAAUGGCAUUCUCCAAUCAUUCCCGUCAUCCUGAAUGGGACCAAGAUGGGUGUCUAGGAUCUUUCAAUCUGGGAGAGUUCUAGGCAUGGUCCAUCCACGGGGGAAUGCAAAGACUGGAUGUGGUAAACACAGGCCACAUUUGUCAGAACUGAAAUCUGAGCAUACCAAACCUUAAAUCAAGGAUCCAAACAGAAAUAAAGCUCAAGAUAAUUAAUAAUACAAAAUUAUUGAAGGGAAAGGAAAGAAGAAUGAGCAAAGGAAAAGAUCACAGUAUAACCAGCCGCGGAAGAAACAAGCAAAAAAAAUUAGAACAGGGCUUACAUGCAAGUAUAUGUACAGUAUAAAUCAGCAACUGAAAUUUCAAGAAAACAUCAA